AGUCAUGUGAUCACUAAUUUAACAAAAUGGACACCGCUGUUGUGGUCGGUAUCAUCACAGCUGUUUUUGCCUUUAUCGGCAUCGUGCUGCCGGUUUUGGUUCAAUUCUUCAUGUGGAGAUCGGCUAACAAAGGGAUAAUUCAAAUAAUGCUGAUUUUAAGUGCUGUGUGUUGCUAUAUUUUCUGGCUCACAGCAUAUAUCUGUCAGUUGAACCCCCUGUUUGGACCCCAGCUGACGACAGAAAUCAUACGGGUGAUGCAGUGGGAAUGGGGUCAAUGAUCUGUGUUCUAGGAUAUCUGUAAACUUGUGACUGUGUAAAGACAUCACCUUCAACCAUUAAAUAUUUAAGAUAUUUGAACGUACAUGGAUGUUGUGUUAGAAACCAACGACACACUGUGUCGUGUGGGCAGGCUUCGUCAUCGUCGGUCUAGUUCAGGCUGUAUAUAUACUGGAAAUACGUAUUUCAUUCCAUAUUUAAUAUAUGUGUAUGUUCUGUAAACCAGGAAAUAUUAACAAACUUAAAAUAUACUUAACAUGGAUUUAGUAAUUAGCUAACUGGACCCUAAGGCAGGGACUAAUAAUGCGAAAAAAAUAAAGGGAUUUUCAAUAUUUUUUAUAUAGGCAAAAAAGAAACAUCCAUGUGACCUUUUUAGUAAUAAAUUAAAGUAAUAUUAUGUUAGGUUGUCACUUUUUUAUUAUCUUGUCAUAGGUUAAUGGUUUAGCGUUUUAUAAGCAGGACUUGUGAAAUUUGAUUCAUUGACCUGUUGGCAACAUACAAAGGAAGGAAAUGUUUCAUUUAACGACACACGUAACACAUUUUAUUUACAGCAACAUAAUGCAAUAGCUAAUUUAUAAUACAAUCUAUUGUCUGGGGCAUAGACCGAGAGAAAAAAAAAGGCUGAGGCAAACCCAGACCUGUAAAAUAAAUAUCAGUGUCAUGGGAAAAAUAAAAUAAAUCGGGGGAAAUUCUAGAUGAGGCAAGCAACUCGUUUGCCUCAUGCUGGCUACGCCAUUGAUUGUGCUACAUAUAAAAUGUGUUUUUGUGAUAUCAAUAUGAUGAAUUUUAAUUUUAUUUACUAUAGUAGCACAUUUCAUAGUCAUUACUAUAUAUUAUUUCAUGUUUUACAGUAUGUAUUGGUAGGAAAGUCAUUCAGAGUAAUAUCUGGAUAAUGGUUGUUUAUGAACUUAAAUAGUAAUUUUUGUUUUGUUUGUCCAUUGGUAAGCAAACUGUACAUUCUAAUCAAAGACUGUUUUGACAUUAUGUAAAUUUUGUGUUGUAAAGCACAGGCUUCUGAAAAUUGUGAGAAUGGUAAUUUCAUGCUCGCGUCACCUGGGCAAGUUUAGUUUUCAUAACGCAUUUUUGGUUCACUCAUACAAUUUAGGAUAUCAUUUUCAUGGUCAUGGUGAGUUACUCAAAAAUGGAUUAUGCCAAUUUAUUGGAGGCCUGAAGCUCUGUAUGGAUAGUAUAAUAAUAGAAUAUAGAUUGCAUUCCAAUCAAGUGCAUACAAAUAAAAUCAUGUACAUGUA